UCUCCCCCACCCCCCACCCCCCCUUCAUUCACACACACUCACGUUUCUGUUGCAGUUUUUUUUAUUUCAAUUUGCAUUUCUGUGACUGUGAUUGUGUGGGUGAGUGUGCGUGCGUGUGUGUUGGUGCUGUGCGAUGAAGUUUGGGAAGAGAUUGAAACAGCAAAUCGAGCAGAGUUUGCCGGAGUGGCGGGACAAGUUUCUGUCGUACAAGGAGCUGAAGAAGCUCGUGAAAUUGAUUUCCACGGCGGCGACGUUGGGGAGGUCGAUGGAGGACGGCGUGGCGGAGGCGGAGUUCAUUUACCUUUUGAACCAUGAGAUAGAGAAAUUCAAUGCCUUCUUCAUGGAGAACGAAGAGGAUUUCAUUAUUCGACAUAAGGAAUUGCAACAGAAAAUGGAAGAAGUGAUAGAUAAAUGGGGGCCAAAAGGGAGUCAGCCAUCAGAGAUGGAAUACAAAGAGGAGAUGGCAAAGAUUAGAAAAGUCAUUGUCAAUUUCCAUGGUGAAAUGGUCCUUCUCAUGAAUUACAGCAAUAUUAACUACACAGGGUUGGCCAAAAUCCUCAAGAAGUACGAUAAGAGAACAGGCGGAGUUCUGCGGCUGCCGUUCAUCCAGAAAGUCUUGGAACAGCCAUUUUUCACGACGGAUCUAAUCUCGAAGCUCAUCAAGGAGUGCGAAACCACCAUCAACUCCAUGCUGCCGCCGUCGGAAUCCGCCCGAAUAUUCCACGCCGAAAGGGAUCAUCAGGCGGUGCCCGGAGAGGGAAUAUUCCGGAACACGGUGGCGGCACUUCUGACGAUGCAGGAGAUGAGAAGGGGCAGCUCUACGUACGGCCACUUCUCUCUGCCGCCGCUCAACUUGCCUGAUUUUGAAGUCAUACAGUCUUUGCAAGUUAUUUUCCCUAUACAAAUCCCAUGACCAAAAUUAUUACAUGUGUUGAGAAAUCAAUACAACCCCAACAUUUUAUAUCAAUCGGAUCUCCACUGUAAAAAUAUUAUAUUAUGCCUUAUUAAUAGUAGAUCUUAUUAUAUACUUUA